UGCCUCUACAAAGUCUGCUCCCCAUUGCUGGUCCGUCUGCUGCUGUUUUCCUUGUCCUCGCCUUCAACUCCUAGGUUACUGCCAUCUACCAGCAUCUGUAUCUCUGAUAAGGUGCUAUUUUAAGAUCUGUAUGUUGAUUAGUUGAUAAUACAUAAUUUAUAUCAUAUAAAUGCUAGCUUUAAUGAAGUAUCAUUAAACAAAAGAACUUUUUAUUUUCACGCGAUUUGUUCACCGAAUAACCCAAUACUGGAAUUAUUCACACACCAAUAUAUGGUAGAAAUAUAAUUAGCUUUGUUCAUUACACAAUGGAUAUAACUACUAUCUAUCUUCACUCAGAUUCUUCUUCUGCUUGUCGAUCGCUCAGCGGGAUACGCGUUGCAGGUCCUUAAGACUGCCGCAGAGGUUCCGCCUAGACCUGGCGCCUGAAACCGUUGUGAGGUCGGCCUCCGUAAUCUGGCUCCUCGCAGCGGGACGGGUAAAUAUCCAGUUGCAUGGGUGAUACCCCUCCAAGCCAUAGAGUUCGACGCUCUUGCAGCGAUGGGGGGGGGGGGGGAUUCUAAACGCAGAGCACCAUCACGCAAAGAUUCAUUGUUGUCUAUCAUGGAAUUGGAGUGUCCCAUAAUCUCCCCAAACAAAACAAGGACAACUACCAUAUCUUUUAAAACCUCGAGAUAGCAACCCUACUUAAAGAUAUAGACGAAUAUACAACAUCAAAUCAUUAUCGAACAGACGUGUAUCACUUGACGGGACAUGUAUCAUUUGAUUUCAAUUAAACUUGAUAAACUUGUUAUCUGGCUCACCUAUCAGGACAUUUGGAUCAUAUGUCUUCAUUACAGUUGUAUUGAGUACCGGGUUAGUUAGCUUCAAUGAAUAUAUCACCUGUACGUUUUAACAAUGGCUUCCAAUGAUUUUUCAUGUAUAAGUAAAGGAUCAGAUGCAGUUAUUAAUGAAUAUCGUUGCUCACCAUGCGAAGAGGCUGCAAAUAAUAUUGAGGCAGAGUUUUAUUGCAAACACUGUGGGAAGUUUUAUUGUGGAGAAUGCGUUAAGCCACAUCAACAGCUGUUUAAAACACAUAGAGUGAAUGGAAAGGAAGAAAUUGCUGUGUGGCCUGUACCCAGCGUCACUCUAGACCUUCUUGAGAAAUGUGACGUACACCCCAACAAGAAAAUAAAGCUAUUCUGUGAGGACCAUACUCAAGUGUGCUGCAAUACAUGUGUAUCUCUAAGUCACAGACAGUGCCCUAACGUUUCGCUGAUAUCGGACAGGGUCAAACUACAGUCAUCAGACAAUACCCGGGAUAUUCUAUCAGAAAUUAGCAUAAUUGUUAAAAUAUUGAUGAAGAGGCAAGAAAGGAGCAAUAAAAGCAUGCAGUCUAUAAAGGCUUCACACCAAGACAGAUUAAAAGAAAUAGCUGAACUUCGUCAUAAAGUCGGUGCUGCUUUAGACAAGUUGGAGCAAAACGCAAUUGAAGAAAUGGGAAAUAUCAUAACUAGCCUUAACAAACCCAUCACAGUUGAUAUCGACAACUGCUCCAAAUUUAUUGGGGAGUUAAAAAAGGUUCGUGAUAUUAUGCAAGACGUUGAAGACAAGAAUAAGGAGCUGCGCUUCAUCGCCAGGAUUAAAAGUCAGGAGAAAUUGAAGCAAUCGGAAACCUUUUUGCAGGAUACGGACCAGUCUCUGAAGGCAGGAAAAUCAAUAUCAUUUAAAGCUAAUACAGACAUUGAAACAUACCUGAAACUGUCAAGUCUCGGAAAGGCUAUAUUACUUCAGCCAGAAGCACAAAACCCUGAUCAAACAAUAUCUGUCUCAUAUUCACAGGGCAUAAAAUUGAUUCUUGACGGUCGACAAAAUUUGGAUAUCAUGGGUUCAUGUGGCCUUCCGAAUGGCGAAAUCCUUAUUUCAGAACUUUAUUCAGGAAAGGUCUUUCUGUUAGACAGAGACUUCAAUGUUAUGUGCAUUUGUGAAUUGACUUCUAAACCAAACACCAUAUGUCAGAUUUCAACUUGUGAAGUGGCAGUCACUAUGAAAUGGGGUGUGCAGUUUAUAUCUGUGGACAUACAGCGGCUGGUGAAAGGCAUGAAGCUUUCGUUUGUACAUCAGUGUGUUGAUAUUGCCUGUCAUAAGUAUAGCCUUUAUGUCACAUCCGGUACUGCCUUGUACCACUACAAGCUGACAGGGAGGCUUGUCAAGAAACUGUAUGAAGACUACACUGGUCGAAUGACAGUAACAGAUUGUGCGGUCAACUCAUCUGGCGACAAGAUUUAUGUUACCAAUAACUCUCACCACAAACUCCUAACCCUUGCCGUAGAUGGGACUGUACUAUCUACCUUUGAAGACCCAGAACUUCAAUCCCCAGGGGGCGUUCACGUGACGCCUAUAGGACAGGUAUUAGUCUGUGGACACACAUCCAAUAACAUUAUACAAGUGGACAGUUCGGGAACGAAGAAGCUUGCUACUCUGGUAACUGGUAGAAAAGGGGUCUCCUUUUUACGGCCUGUGUCGGUGUUCAAAGACAGUUUAAGUAACUGUUUAAUUGUCAGUCAGUGGAAUGGCUUUCAUAUAAUAAAGUUGGGCCUUGUUCAAGGUUAAAGCCCAGUGUGAUUGUUUAAUACAUGGUUUGUUAAUCAUUAUUUAAAAUAUGCCUGAAUUUGGCAUUGACAUGUAAACUGUAUAAUCAAAAACAUUGAGAUUAACUGAGGGUCUGUAGUCGACGCAUGAGUGGAAAACACGAUAUAAUAUGGUUUUGCGUACUUGUACAACAAACGUCUUAUGUACAUAAGCUAUUACGACAACACAUAGUUCACAUGUGUCUUAUGAUUGACUAAUUUCAGCUUUGGAAGACAUUUGCAAUAUAUUUAUACAAACUGCUUAUAAAAUGUUUUCGUUGACAUAUGCUGAUAAAGGUUUUAUUAAGACAUUGUGAUUUCUAACGUAAGAAUCUUGGGCCAAUAGCCAAUAUUGAGGCAUUCUGAUUUAAAUUGACAAAUCAAAACAAAUGUAUACAAAGCUAACUUCGUUAAUCUGUGUUCUCACUGGAAAAAAAAACAAAUUGUGCAAUUAUUGUAUAGUGUUCUAUAAAUCAUAGUUUAAGUA